GUGGAGCAGGAGUUCCUCUUCCUCAGUGUGUGUGAGUGUGUGUGUUAGAAGACAGGAUGAAAGACACAGUGCAGGUGUGUGGGUUGUGUGCAGGGUUUUUGGGGUGUGUGAGUGCGGCCGUGUCACUGCAGGUCCGAUCCUGGAAAGAGUCGAGCAAUGACGGCAGCGCCAUCCUCACCUCCAAUUUAUUCGAGAACCUGUGGAUGUCCUGCGCUGAUGACUCGACUGGCAUCUACAACUGCUGGUAUUUUCCAUCCUUACUCGCCUUACCAACUUAUAUUCAGGUGUGUCGUGCUCUUAUGAUCACCUCCAUCGUGUUGGGGUCGUUUGGUCUCGUCUUCACGCUGGUCGGCAUGCAGUGUUCCAGAAUCGGAGGAGAGAACUACGCGGUGAAGGGACGAAUCGCCAUCCUGGGAGGAGUGUUCUUCAUCCUGCAGGGUUUGUGUACGAUGAUCGCCGUGUCGUGGUACGCUUCCAACAUCAUACAGCAGUUCCACAACCCACUUUAUGCAGGAAUCAAGUUUGAACUAGGAGAGGGUUUGUAUAUCGGCUGGUGUUCAGCGACACUCGCUCUGAUUGGUGGCUGCUGCUUACUGUGUGUGUGUGGAAACGACAGCAAAGUGGAGAAAAUCAGAGUGGCAGCACACACUCCGUCGGCUGUGUCCCGAAUCUCUCACACACCGUCCACACAGCACAGACUCAGCUCAUACAUCUGAGGGCGGAGUCAGAGAUCCAUCAUCAUCAUCAUCAUCAUCUUCAUCAUCAUCACAAUCAUUAACAUUAAACCCGUGAGCUCCAGUGAGUUACUGUGAUGAAGACGAGGGAGUGAAGUGAUGAAGUGUGCAGUGGUGUGAAUUGGGACGGAGCCGCUGUGUCUCUGUAACACACUGUGAACUGUGUGAAUGACCUCAUGUAACCCCGUGUUUAUGUGAUUAAUAUUACACACUGAUCUUUAUAAAGCUGUAAAUUGAGUGUUUAGUGAUAUUCUGAGUCUCUGUAUAAGCUACCUGGCAUUUUUCAUAUAUAUGAACUGAAAUUUUAAGAUUUUGGUGAGUCAUGUGCCUGACUGAUCCCAAGCCCCGCCCACAUUUGAGCCAGGCUUGUGAACAGUGUGGGCGGAGUCAGUGAGGUAAGCGCACUACAAAAGAAACAAAAAGACUGAAACUGGACGCUACGGCGAUGCAGCUGGAAUUUUAUUUCUUUUCUAUAAUUAAAAAAAAAAAAUUUGUCCGUAUCUUUUAACUUAUUUACGCAGAAAGGAAUAAACAGUGCUUUACUGACUGUGUCUGU